ACGGAGUGAUGGCACAGAGGGAAAAAGGGGAUGGACAGCUGGACAAACUAGGUCUUCAAGUGGUCGCUUGGAUCCAACUGACGUAGAAACCAACAGCUGAGACGCUCCUUCCAAGUUUCCGGAACCUUCUCCGUGUUUCAUUGUGACCCCGGGAGGUGAUGAACUUUGCCCUUCAGCCGGCUGGAAGUCCGGGUCGCAGUCGGGGGGGUCGCGGCGCGGCUGCCGGCGGAAGCGGAGGAGCGACCAUGGAGAACCUGGAGAAGCAGCUCAUGUGUCCCGUCUGCCUGGAGAUGUUCUCCAAGCCGGUGGUCAUCCUGCCCUGCCAGCACAACCUCUGCAGGAAGUGUGCCAACGACAUCUUCCAGUUGUCCAACCCGGCGUGGCAGUCGCGAAGCUCGUCCAGCGUGGCCGCCAGCGGGAGUCGCUUCCGCUGCCCGUCGUGUCGUCACGAGGUGGUCCUGGACCGCCACGGCGUGUACGGCCUGCAGAGGAACCUGCUGGUGGAGAACAUCAUCGACAUGUACAGACGCCAGGAGGCCUCACGGUUGGUUAACGACAAGCCGGAGACGCAGCAGCAGCAGCUGACGUGCGACGAGCACGAGGACGAGAAGAUCAACAUCUACUGCCUGUCCUGCCAGACGCCCACCUGCUCCAUGUGCAAAGUGUUCGGCCGACACAAAGAGUGCGACGUGGCGCCGCUCGGCAGCGUCUACCUGAGGCUCAAGACGGAGCUCAGCGACGGCAUCGCCGGCCUGGUGGCCAACAACAACCACAUCCAGGCCACCAUCACGCACAUGGAGGACGCGUGCGACGCCAUCCAGGAGAACGCUCGCCAGCGCCGCGAGCAGAUCGCCAGCCAGCUGGAGACUCUGGCGGCCAUCUUGGACGAGCGCAAACAGGAACUGGUGCGUCUGAUCACCCGGGAGCAAGACGACAAGCUGCAGCACGUGCGGGCGCUCGUCCGGCAGCACGGCGAGCGGCUGGAGGCCGCCGUCACGCUGGUGGAGUCGGCCAUUCACGCCGCCGAGGAGCCGCACAUGGCGCUCUUCAUCCAGAGCGCCACGGUCAUACUGGACAAGAUGUCUGCGUCCACGCUGGACGCCAGCGUCCUGCGUCCGCCACUCCACGAUGACGACAUGAGCCACUUUGUCAUCGACGUGGACGACAUCGCUGACAUGUUGGCCAACAUCGACUUCUGCCACACUUCUGCGGGCGACGGCGAAGACGACCUCGGGGAUGACUCCGAACUGGACUGAGCCGCCCCCAGACAGAGUUCCGUGUGCGACGUCUUUAAGCGUCCUGGCAAAAGACUAAAGAUGCGACCGGGCUGAGUCACACGUUGCGUAAACAAUAAAAAAAAAUAAGAAAAAAUCCGAGCAGGAAGCUGACGGAUUCCCCUCGCCCACACGGGAGCGGCUGACUCAAAACAACAACAGCAGCAAUCCUCCACCUCCGAAGCACAAACGCUGGCAAGAGCUUUGGAAUUGUCUUACGUAAAAACAUCUUCCCUUUGUUUCCACGCAGGGACUUCUCCUUAUGGGCUCCGCUAAGUCCCUGAGCCUCGUCAGGUCCUUAAUUGCGUUUGCGCUAGGACGGGGUGUACAAAACCCGACCCGGGGGCUGUUUGCAGACCCGACACAUUCUAGAAAUGGAAUGAACAGCAAAUACAGCCGCUGCCUGGUUAUCGCCCAAAAUGGCCGCCUCCAUGUUUAUUUUUGGAAUGCAGGUUCUUGAGAAUGUUUUGUUAUGAUUGACGCCAUCACCCAAUGUCAGGACGUGGUGUCAAACUGGUGGCAGGGGAUCAUUUUGGAAUUUGUUUUCUUUGUGACUUUUUGGUUCUUGUUUUGAAAUAUCACUUUUUUUUUGCCAAACCUGACAAUUUUGGCAACUUUUCAUGCUCAAAAAUGCAAGAAAAGCCGCACAAUAUCCAUCCAUCCAUAUCCUCACUAGGGUCGUGGGCUAUGCUGGAGCCUAUCCCAGCUGUGAAGUUGCAGUGAUUCAAAUGCAAAGGUUUAACUUCAGGAUGGUUUUAUUGGAAAGUAUAAACAUUGGCCACACGGACAUGGCUGAUGGAUGACAUUGAAGUACAACUUGUCAAUCAUGAAACCUUCCACCUGAUGCUAGAAACAACUUUAUCAUCCUUUGAAUGUUCAAAUCUGCAAAGCGCAUGUCAAACAUUUUAUACUGUAUUAUACAUUUUCAUGUGAAAAAAAAUACAUUUUGGGUUGCAUUGUCUGAA